GCUCUAUUGUUCCACAGUGAAACGACUCUUGGAGGUUCUUGCUUCAACAGUGCUUGAACGGAACUUCUAUCGUCCUUUUUGACUUUACAGCGCUUUUCCACUUGUUAGACUACCAAAUACCUCUUCUUUUUGUACUUUCUUUUGUAAGAAAAGACAAAAUACCAGCUAAGAUGGAGUCUCAAGUGCGUCAGAACUACCACCGCGAAUGCGAGGCCGCCAUUAACCGAAUGGUGAACAUGGAGCUGCUCGCCUCCUACACCUACACUUCAAUGGCCUUUUACUUCGACCGAGAUGAUGUGGCCCUCCCAGGCUUUUCCCAUUUCUUCAAGGAGAACAGUGAGGAAGAGAGAGAGCAUGCCCACAAACUGCUGUCCUUCCAGAACAAACGAGGUGGCCGCAUCUUCCUCCAGGAUAUCAAGAAACCAGAACGUGAUGAGUGGGGUAGCGGGCUUGAAGCAAUGCAGAGUGCCUUGCAGUUGGAGAAAAAUGUCAACCAGGCUUUGCUGGAUCUGCACAAACUGGCCUCUGAGCACGUGGACCCUCAUCUGUGCGACUUCCUGGAAACCCAUUACCUGAACGAGCAGGUGGAGGCCAUUAAGAAGUUGGGCGACUACAUCAGUAACCUGACCCGCAUGGAUGCGCAAAACAACAAGAUGGCCGAGUACCUGUUUGACAAGCACACUCUGGGCGGCAAGAGCUAAAUGCAAAGGCUCUUGCAUUUUUUUUUUCUUUUUUUUGAAAGCUUGCAGCUGCAAUUUUGUGAAUGGGCCUCGACAUUCACUUUCUCUAGUUAACAGGGUCCACGUUGUUGCAUGGGAAUAUUGGAAAUUUGUUCAAAUACGCAAGUGGUGUUUGACAGUCUGAAUAAAAAAAAAAUAAAGUUUGAGCUGGA